UGGCACCUAUCAGUGCCAGUCAGUACCGCCUAUCAGUGCUGCCUAUCAGUGCCAGUCAGUGCCACCUAUCAGUGCCAUCAGUGCCACCUAUCAGUGCGCAUCAGUGCCACCUAUCAGUGCCAGUCAGUGCCGCCUAUCAGUGCUGCCUAUCAGUGCCAGUCAGUGCCACCUAUCAGUGCACAUGAGUGCUGCCUAUCAGUUCCCGUCAGUGCAGCCUAUCAGUGCCAGUCAGUGCCUCCUAUCAGUGCCAGUCAGUGCUGCCUAUCAGUGCCGCCUAUGAGUGCCAUCAGUGCUGCCUAUCAGUGCCCAUGACUGCAGCCUCAUUAG